AGCGAAAGCGGGCCCUGCUAGCCCCCGGCUCCGAACUCGGUGGUCUUGGAGGCUCCGCAGGAUGGGGCAGAAGAUGGCGGAGGAGGAGUUCCCCAACACAACUCAUGAAGGUUUCAAUGUCACCCUCCACACUACCCUGGUUGUCACUACGAGACUGGUGCUCCCAACCCCUGCCAAGCCCAUCCUCCCCGUGCAGACGGGGGAGCAGGCUCAGCAGGAGGAGCAGUCAAAUGGCAUGACCAUCUUCUUCAGCCUCCUCGUCCUAGCUAUCUGCAUCAUACUGGUGCAUUUACUGAUCCGAUUCAGGUUACAUUUCUUGCCAGAGAGCGUUGCUGUUGUUUCUUUAGGUAUUCUCAUGGGAGCAGUUAUAAAAAUUAUAGAGUUUAAAAAACUGGCAAAUUGGAAGGAAGAAGAAAUGUUUCGUCCAAAUAUGUUUUUCCUCCUGUUGCUUCCACCUAUUAUAUUUGAGUCAGGAUAUUCAUUACACAAGGGUAACUUCUUUCAAAAUAUUGGUUCCAUCACCCUAUUUGCUGUUUUUGGUACGGCAAUUUCUGCUUUUGUAGUAGGUGGAGGAAUUUAUUUUCUCGGUCAGGCUGAUGUAAUCUCUAAACUCAACAUGACAGACAGUUUUGCAUUUGGCUCCCUAAUUUCUGCUGUUGAUCCAGUGGCUACUAUUGCUAUUUUCAAUGCACUUCACGUGGACCCAGUGCUCAACAUGCUGGUUUUUGGAGAGAGUAUUCUCAACGAUGCAGUCUCCAUUGUCCUGACCAACACAGCUGAAGGUUUAACAAGAAAAAAUAUGUCAGAUGUCAGUGGGUGGCAAACAUUUUUACAAGCCCUUGGCUACUUCCUCAAAAUGUUCUUUGGCUCAGCAGCGCUCGGCACUCUCACUGGCUUCAUCUCUGCAUUAGUGCUAAAGCAUAUUGACUUGAGGAAAACGCCUUCCUUGGAGUUUGGCAUGAUGAUCAUUUUUGCUUAUCUUCCUUAUGGGCUUGCAGAAGGAAUCUCACUCUCGGGCAUCAUGGCCAUCCUGUUCUCAGGCAUCGUGAUGUCUCACUACACACACCAUAACCUGUCCCCGGUGACCCAGAUCCUCAUGCAGCAAACCCUCCGGACCGUGGCCUUCUUGUGUGAAACAUGUGUGUUUGCAUUUCUUGGCCUGUCCAUUUUUAGUUUCCCUCACAAGUUUGAAAUUUCCUUUGUCAUCUGGUGCAUAGUGCUUGUACUGUUUGGCAGAGCGCUGAACAUUUUCCCUCUUUCCUACCUCCUGAAUUUCUUCCGUGAUCAUAAAAUCACACCGAAGAUGAUGUUCAUCAUGUGGUUUAGUGGCCUGCGGGGGGCCAUCCCCUACGCCCUGAGCCUGCACCUGGACCUGGAGCCCAUGGAGAAGCGGCAGCUCAUCGGCACCACCACAAUCAUCAUCGUGCUCUUCACCAUCCUGCUGCUGGGCGGCAGCACCAUGCCCCUCAUCCGCCUCAUGGACAUCGAGGACGCCAAGGCGCGCCGCAGGAACAAAAAGGACGUCAACCUCAGCAAGACGGAGAAGAUGGGCAACACCGUGGAGUCGGAACACUUGUCGGAGCUCACCGAGGAGGAGUAUGAAGCCCACUACAUCCGGCGGCAGGACCUCAAAGGCUUCCUGUGGCUAGACGCCAAGUACCUGAACCCCUUCUUCACACGGCGGCUGACCCAGGAGGACCUCCACCACGGGCGCAUCCAGAUGAAAACCCUCACCAACAAGUGGUACGAGGAGGUGCGCCAGGGCCCCUCUGGCUCCGAGGACGACGAGCAGGAGCUGCUGUGACUGAGCAGGUGCUGUGGCCUCUGGGCAGGCAGGGCCGCCACGCUGCCACCCGGCCUCGCCAAGGCUCCCAGGACAGACCCCCAGCAAAGGCCCCCAGAGGCGCAUGCGUUUGGCCUCCAGGGCAGAUGCAGGCACGUGAGGCUUUGUAACUCGAACUUCCCAGGCCUUUGGAGCCAGCGGCUGUUUCUGAAACGCGUCAUCUCCACAUUCCUCGCUGAGCCGGCCCUCUGCUCGCAGUUGCUCCUCAGCCCGAGAUUGGAGGGACCACCUGUCAGGUAAAUGUUUCCUUCCGCCUCUGCAGCUGAGGCCAGCAGUCACCUGUCAAGACAUUCCUCUCCUGAGAGGAGAAGUGCUGCUGUGGAGCCUGCCGUGACCGGGUGUGCUCAGGGAGCAUUGUUUCGAAGUUUCUGCCAUUUGCGACCCCACGAGCCGCCUGCUGAGGCCGGGCUGUCCCUGCUGGCCUGGGUGUCUGACUGCCGUGUUCCUUUGCGUCAUCAAGGUGCCUCCGGCCUCAGCAGCAGCAGUUCUGAAGUGGCAGGCUCAGAAAUCGUGAAAAGCGCACACUCCCCUUUAUGAUGUUGCCUGCACUCCGAGGAAGAAAAACUGAGUGACCUUUCUCUUCGUGACUUCUGACGGGCAUCUCGCAGGCUGUCUCCCUGGGUGGCAGGCAGCUCCUGCCCUUCUCUGGGAAUACUGUGAGUGUUUCCACUGGUACUGAGCAUGAGGGCACAGGCCCAUUGGAAGCUGCGUCCCUGGGGUUUGGGGAUGAAGGAGCCUGUUCUGUGGGGUCAGAGCGCCCUCUAGAGGGAGAAGCUAGAGGUACAAGUUUUAUGCGGGCCUGCAGCCGCUGUCUGAAUUCAGUUUAAAUUCAUGCACUUUUACAAAGUUGUAAGAGCCUGGCAGGCGCCUCCCUCACCUCAGUUCCCUAGUUGGCGGUCCUCGUUUGUCCAGAGGCCCCUUUUCCUGGGCUCCACGGGGUCUGCCCGCCGUGUGCCUGCUGCUGCCUUCACCGCUGAUGAGCAUUUCCUCUCUCCCUCUCCCCAGUCUCUACUGUCUUGGGUCCCAUUUGUCCCCCAGGCCAGGGUCCCAGCUCACCAGAGCAGCUGUGCCCCACGCCCCUCCCCUGCUACCCUCCCCCACCCAGGACUCCAGUGGCCUCCGGAACAUUGCCUGCAAUCCCCAAGCAGCCACUGCCACCCCAGGACUCGUUUGUUCCCAGAGUGUGUGCACACGUUUUUUCUCUGACACUCACACACCGGGCCAUCCCCAUGGUCCCGGCCCCUGGGCCGUCUCGGGGUGAGCAGCUGCCCAUCAUGUCCAGGUGAAAUGGAGUUGCUGACUUGCGCAUCCACUCCUCACUGGCCCUUGAACAAGCCUCGUACCUGCUUGCCUUUGCCCGGCUGUGGGCUACGGCUGUUCCCUUGUGUGGCUCAGGGUCCCGGCUGGAGCCUGGGGACUUGGCACCCUCUGGGCUGGUUUAAUUCAUCAUGGGCAUGUCCUUGGUUCUCUGUGGUGGUCCCUGGGCUGGCAGCAAGUACGUUUCUAUCUCUUCUGCCUCAGGGAGCGUGGCUCUGGGUGUCGGGAAGGACUGACUCAGGACGCUCCAGGAUGCGUGUGCCCAGCCCACAAGGCCAGGCCCCUGCCCACACGCCUUCCCUUUGCCCAGAAGUGUUAGUGUGAGGCCAGUCAGGCAGGAAGCAUGCAGUUUCCUUUUUACGCAUGAAAAGUAAAUUUGUACUUAGUAGAGCUAAAAUAUGAUCUUUUUUUUUUCUGUAAUCUCUCACCUUAACCCCAUAAUUUGAGCCAAACAGGAUUAUUUUACUGUACCUGACAUCCCCACUGGAGGAAUAAUGCCAUGCAUAAUCCUGGUCUCCGCCAUUUCCUAUUUCCUUUUAGUGGAAAAGUAAGAGAAGAGGUCAGAGAGGGAGGGGCCUUUGUCUACAUAAUUUACUUUCUCCUCUGAGAUUCAGGGUCUGAUCUCAGAGGUGUAAGUUGCAUUGCAAACUCAAUAGCUUGACAGAAAAAAAUAUUUUUGGCUGAGUUCACAGAUAAGCAAUGAAAAUAGGAUCUUCUCAAUUCACACUGCCCCUUGUCACCAGGUCCCACCUGGCCUCCCACUGUUACCUGAGACCUGAAAUCAACACUGUCGUAGAGAAGCACCUGGGGGCUUGGUGGAAGGUCCCCAAGACUUGGCCUGGGGGCGGUGGGCACCUUUCCUGGCUGGAACCAGCACCAGCCUGGAUCGCCUGUGAGCCUCUUCUGCCCCCUGCUGGCUGAGUGAGGGGUUAGCAGCCUGGGAGAGCAUUCCCCUGGGGAGAGGGUAUCUGUUCUCCAGCAGUCUCUGCUGUUCACCUUUGGAAUAGGCAAAAGCCCAUAGAGAUAUAUUUUUCUGGCGGAUUUUUUUUAAAUGUCUUUGCCUGAGAAUCAAAAAUUGCUGCUGUCUACCUUUAGCAUACCUAAUAAUUCUAGUUUGGGUAAUAAAUGCCUAGAAGACAAAAAGAUAUCCAGCGUAACUGUCACUUCCCGCAUAUUUACUUUCUUUUAGGUCUAGGCCAUGGGACAGGAGAGCGACAGCACGUAGAGAAGGGGAUACUUCAGAGUGAGGUGAAGGCUGUGAAGUCAGCGAGUGCCUUGGGGAAGCUGGCUGGUUAGCCGGUGAACUCAGAAGACAUGCCUGUCCUGGGCAGCGGGGGGGCCGUGCGGCAGCCAGCCCCACACCCCAAGGCUCCCCCUGCAGCCCUGUCGUUGUAGGACCCCUGGGAACAACCAUACCCUGGGGCUUGGAGUGUGAGGCCUUACCAGGAAAGAAGCUGGCUUUUCCUAGGUCCCCAGAGAUUAAGUUUGGGCUGGGCUGGGCCAAGGCCAGGUGGAAGGUGGCUCCGUUGCGUCUGGUGCUCAGACACUCAGGGGCAGAACUGAAACCCUCCCACUCCCAGACCAGCCACCUCUUUCACAGUGGGAAUGCCGGCCAGGUCACAGCUGAUGUGAGGCCAAGUGGCAGGGCCUGGCCCAGAAUGCUGGCAGCUCCUGAGUACCCCAUGUCAGCCCAGGGAGGCCCCAGUAUGCCUGCAGAUUCCUUUGUGUGCAAUGAAAUGCGGAAAGAUUGGUGAGUGUGUAUCUGUCUCUCCAAAACCCACGUUCAAGGUGCCAUCCGCAAGACUUGGGCUCACGAGGUCCCAGGUCCACAUUCUCACAGGGGCCCACACAUUUGGCGAGGUCCUCAGCGGGGUGGCCACAGCCAGGAUCCCACUUCUGCUUUGGUGUGGAGAGGGAGGGUGGGGCAGGGUGGUGGCUGGCUUCUCCUCAGCCAAGUCACAGCCGUCAAAGGUGCAGGCAUGGCCUGGGGUGGAUCUGCUCUUAGAACUGGUCCCUGAGUCAGGUGUGAGGAGGCCUCUCUCAGCAGCAGUGAGCUGCCAUUGAUUAGGACUUGAAAUGUGAAACAGAGAGAGGGUCCCCGGAUCCUUCCCCAUUCCCUCCAGAAUGCAGGUAUGUGUUUCUCCUGUUGGCUGGUAGGUGGGGAAACCAAAUCUGAAAUGUUCCUGAUACAGCAGCUAGAACAUUAAAAGUUGUUCUACCAGGAACCCGGUCUCCAAAGCCCCAGGCAAUAUGCUGUAGAUGAAAACACCACACUCAGAGUGAAGGCUUAGAGAGAAGCAGCAGCCACACUCCCGUCCAUGUAAGCUCCUGCCGUU